CAGCUCCGGUCCCAGUCCGCCGCGUGCAGUCCGGCUUGGAAGUCGCCUUCCGCGCAUGUCGAGUGUCGACAUCGGCUUUCCUCCCCAGUUGGAGCUUGUGUUCCCUGUGUUUCACUGAAUCGACGAAAUGUGGCGAGAAGUCUUCACUCGGGACGAGGGGGAGCUGCUCAUAAAUCUCGUUCGAUCAAACCCGGCGCUGUAUUCCCCGGAACACCCAGACUACAAGAACACAGCUUUGAAAGCGGCCAUUUGGGAAAGUAUCAGCGAGGCUGUCAACAAAACUGAGAAAGAAUGCAAGUUCAAGUGGAAGUAUAUGCGCGACUAUUAUAUCAAGAGGAAGCGCGAAAAGAGACUGCCCACUGAAAAGGACGCAUCUGUCUGUCAUCUCCUAUCAUUCCUGAGUGAUCCCUUAGAAACAGGCCCGAUGGCUGGAAAUAUUCCUCCAGAAACUACCAACGAGAGUAAUGAUGGUACUUCAGAGGAAGGCGACGAAGCCAGUGACGACACAACGCACGAGGAAGAAGAAGCUUCGAAUCGUGUCAAAGAAACACCUGGAGACCAGAUCCCCAGAUUGAGGCGGAGGGCAACUGCCCCGACCGUGACCUCCACAUCCCGAAAUUCAGCCACAUCGAUAUCCAGAGUCUCGUCAAGGAGCAGGACCCUCGGGAGAAGGAAGCUAGUCUCUUGCGAGAGGGCCACCAAAAAAUUCCGAAGGCAAACCAAGGAAUGUAACGAAUCGACUGAAACUAUCAUCUCCGGCAGAUCUCGAUCUCAGCUUCAGCCUCCAUCGGACCCGAUCGACGCCUACUUCAGCGGGAUUUUAGCGACCGUAAAAAACCUACCCCCGCUCCUCCAGCUCGAGGCGAAAAGGGACAUCUCCAACAUUGUUUUUAAUUUAGAGUUUAGGGCUUUACAAGACCAAACGACCCUCCCUGUUGCGUCAGUACCGACUGCUUCCACUGAUCCAACAUCGCCUUGCGACGUAUCUGAGACCCCGACCUAUUCUCUCUCAAAUGUUUAAUUCUCUCCCCUCUGCAGAUACCGUCCUACCUUUAGCAUUAGUGCUGUUAAGUAACUGGAAUUCUUGUAAAUAAUUUCUUCGUUAAAGCGUAUUUUUUUCUAAAUGAUUUCCUCGAUUAAGCGUAUUUUUUUGUGAAUAA